AUGGCAGUAUUGGAAUUUAUCCUAGAGCGAACUGAGAUCAGCCUAAAUGCUAAGGAUAUAGAGUUUGGUCGAACACCCCUAGCUUGGGCAGCGAUGCAUGGGCGUAUCGAGGCAUUGCAGUAUCACAUUGUACGAGCAGAAGUGGAUUUGGACCCUAGAGAUGACGAAUCCGGUCGCACGCCUCUGUCGUGGGCAGCGGGAAAUGGCCAUAUUACAAUCGUUCAGACACUUCUGGCACUUGAAGCGAGGAAUGGGUUUCUAGACGUGGUCAAAGAGCUGCUCUCCCGUGCAAACAUCAAAGCGGACCUAGAGAGCAUCUUGAGCCGGACGGCUCUAUCAUAUGCUGCGGAAGCAGGUCAUCAGGCAGUGGUCCAGGUGCUGUUGAAACUGGAAAACGGUAUUAACCUAAACACCAAAGAUUCAUCAUUCGGCCGGACGCCGCUGUCGCUGGCGGCUGCCAAUGGACAUACAGUAGUCGUGCGAGCUCUACUCGAGCGGGACGGUAUUGAUCUAAACACUAGGAGUAAAUAUGGUGCAACGCCGCUGUCGUGGGCGGCACGCUACGAUCCUGCGCCUGUCGUGAAGCUGUCACUCACGCACGGAGCAGACUUGAGUAUCAAGGACGACCGUGGCCGCACGCCUCUCGCAUGGGCUGAAGCUAAAGGACAUACCCUCAUGACGGAGCUGCUUCGAUCCUGGCCUUGCUUACCUACUCGUCGUGAUGAUGAUGGGGAGGAUGAUUCCUCCUUUGACACGCCUUCCGCCGUACUUUUGCUGCUGCGAUGA